AUGCUUCCCACCCCAUGGCCUUCCACAUUCCCUUCCCCCGCCACUGGCUUCCUUCUCCUCCUCCUUGCCCUCCUCGCCGUCGCAUCGGGGGCCCCAGGCCCUAGCCUAGGAGGUUUCGAUCGGGGGGAGCCCCCCGGCGCGGACGAAUACUCGAUCCUUACGUUCCACGACUACACGCCGCCCCCGCCCCCCGCGCUGCCGCCGCCGCCGGCGGCCCCGGCAGCGACCUGCGCCGGGGACCUCCGCGGCGUGGGAGACCUUGACACCCAGUGCGUGGUCCAUGAGUCGGUGAGGCUGGGCGGCGGAGUGUUCAUCAGCGGCAGCGGCAGCCUCGUAAUCCUCGACGGCGUCGCGGUCACCUGCGAGCGGCCCGGGUGCGUCGUCUCUGCCAACCUCUCCGGUGAUCUCCUAUUCGGGAACAGGGCCCGCGUCGUGGCCGGGUGGGUCUCCCUCGCAGCGGCCAACAUCACGCUCGGCGACGACGCAGCUAUCGACACCACCGCGCUCGGCGGUGACCCGCCCGACCAGACCAGUGGUGUACCCACCGGGACGUAUGGGGAUGGCGGUGGACAUGGCGGCCGUGGCGCCAGCUGCUUCGUUAAGAAGGGGCAGGCGCAGGAGGACUCAUGGGGCGGUGAUUCCUACGCUUGGUCUGCACUGAAGACUCCAAAUAACUAUGGGAGCAAAGGGGGAUCCACUACCGUCGAGAAGGACUAUGGUGGUGGGGGUGGGGGUGUCGUGUGGUUGUUUGCUGAAGAGAUUGUGAUGAAUGGAACAGUUCUUGCUGAUGGUGGAGACGGUGGCACCAAGGGUGGGGGUGGCUCUGGGGGGAGCAUCUAUCUGAAGGCUUCCACAAUGCGAGGAGGUGGCAAAAUAAGUGCUUGUGGAGGCAAUGGUUUAGCUGGUGGAGGUGGAGGACGUGUUUCCAUCGAUAUUUUCAGUAGGCAUGAUGAUGCACAAAUUUUUGUUCAUGGGGGGGAGAGUUCAGGAUGCUUGGACAAUGCUGGAGCAGCUGGAACACUUUAUGAAGCAGUACCUAAGAGUAUUACUGUUAGCAACAAUAACUUGAGCACACAAACUGAUACGGUUUUUCUAGAUCCUCCAUAUGAGCCACUCUGGACAAAUGUUUUUAUCAGAAAUCGUGCCAAAGUUUCUCUUCCCUUACGCUGGAGCCGUAUUCAGGCUCAAGGACAGAUUCUUUUAGCUGGUUCUACUCUAACUUUUGGCCUGACACAUUAUCCAUAUUCAGAAUUUGAGCUGUUGGCUGAGGAACUUCUUAUGAGUGAUUCCACAAUCAAGAUAUUUGGUGCUUUACGAAUGUCGGUAAAGAUGCUCCUUAUGUGGAACUCAAGAAUGACUAUUGAUGGUGGCCGAGAAUUAGGCGUGGGAACUUCAUUAUUAGAAGGUAGCAAUUUGAUAGUUCUGAAGGAAGCAUCUGUGAUACAUUCUAAUGCUAAUCUAGGGAUUCAUGGUCAAGGAGUUCUAAAUUUAUCUGGUCAAGGAGAUACAAUAGAGGCACAGCGCCUUAUUUUAUCACUGUUUUACAACAUAUUGGUUGGACCUGGAGCUGUUCUAAGGGGCCCAUUUAUAAAUGGAAGUCGUGACGAGAUGGCCCCAAAACUGAACUGUAAUGAGAGUUGCCCCAUGGAAAUCUUUCAUCCACCUGAGGAUUGCAACUUGAACUCUUCAUUGUCUUUUACUUUACAGAUAUGCCGCGUUGAAGAUAUUGAUAUUUCUGGCCUUGUGCAAGGAACUGUCAUUAAUUUUAACAGAGCGAGAAGUGUCACUGUGCAGACUUCUGGGACCAUAAGUGCUACUGGACUAGGUUGCCGAGGUGGAAUUGGGCAAGGAAAAAUGUUAAGCAGUGGGCUUAGUGGUGGGGGUGGGCAUGGUGGUAAAGGUGGCGAUGGCAUUUAUAAUGGUGGUCAUGCAGAGGGUGGAUCUGCAUAUGGUCAUGCUGAUUUACCAUGUGAACUUGGCAGUGGCAGUGGUAAUGUCAGUGGAUCUUCAACUGCUGGUGGUGGUAUAAUAGUGAUGGGUUCUUACGAACAAUCUCUGCCAAACCUCUCCCUUUCUGGCUCAAUUGAGGCAAAUGGUGGUAAUUUUACUGGUUUGAUAUCUCAUGCCACAAUUGGAGGACCUGGUGGUGGUUCUGGUGGCACAAUUCUUCUUUUUGUGCGGACUUUACUCCUAAAGAAGGACUCUGUACUUUCUAGUGUUGGGGGAGUUGGAAGCAAUGGCAGUGGUGGAGGUGGAGGGGGUCGGAUUCACUUCCACUGGUCCGAUAUUCCCACUGGAGAUGAUUAUAUUCCUUUUGCAACCGUUAAAGGAACAAUACUUGCAAGAGGAGGAGUCAGUGAAGGGCAUGGUUUCUCUGGUGAGAAUGGAACCAUCACAGGAAAGCAUUGCCCAAAAGGUCUUUAUGGAACAUUUUGCAAGGAAUGUCCUUCAGGAACAUACAAGAAUGUUACUGGAUCAUCUAAGUCAAUGUGCUCACCAUGCCCUCCAAAUGAGCUACCUCGCCGUGCUGUAUAUAUAAGCGUCCGAGAUCAACCCCAUGCAUUAGCAGACCAGAACAAUAUGCUUCUGGAGUCUGUUCUCGACAGGAUUUUUUUAUGCACUUCUUUGUCUAAUAGUGCGGGAGAAGAGCUUUUGGAAAGGAAAGAAAGGAACGUGGGCUCAAGAAUUGAUGUUAUAAAAAGCUACAAAUAUGUGGUGUUGCUGAAACCCCAUGCCCAUACAAAUGUAUUGGAAACUAACAGGGCAGAAGAAUCUCACUGUCAUGUGCACAGGAUGUAUUUCAUGGGCCCAAACACCUUCAGUGAACCUUGGCAUCUCCCACACACCCCGCCAGAGCAGAUUUCAGAGAUUGUGUAUGAAGAUGCAUUUAACAAAUUUGUUGAUGAGAUCAAUGCUCUUGCAGCCUAUCAGUGGUGGGAAGGUUCAGUUUAUAGCAUCCUAUGUAUACUUUCAUAUCCCCUGGCAUGGUCGUGGCAACAGUGGCGUAGGAGAAAGAAAUUACAAAAACUCCGUGAAUUUGUUCGUUCUGAAUAUGAUCAUUCAUGCUUACGGUCCUGCCGUUCGCGUGCACUUUAUGAGGGGCUGAAGGUAGCUGCUACUCCAGAUUUAAUGCUGGGUUAUCUAGAUUUCUUCCUUGGUGGGGAUGAGAAAAGGACUGAUCUUCCCCCACGGCUGCAUCAAAGGUUUCCAAUGUCCCUGAUCUUUGGAGGCGAUGGAAGUUAUAUGGCUCCAUUUUCACUUCAUAGCGACAGAGUGGUCACAACUCUUAAAAGUCAGGCUGUGCCAUCGUCAAUAUGGCAUCGUCUUGUAGCUGGAUUGAAUGCCCAGUUGCGUUUGGUUUGUCAUGGAAAUCUAAACACAUCAUUUCUUCCUGUGUUCAAAUGGCUUGAAAGUCAUGCAAAUCCUGCAUUGAACACGUACCGUGUGCGUGUUGACCUUGCAUGGUUCCAAGCUACAGCAUUAGGUUACUGUCAGUUUGGUCUUGUUCUUCAUGCUGUGGGGGAAGCGGUGACCACUGAACUUCAAGAUGGCUCUACAAUUAAAACCGAUCAACAUUCAGUAAACCAAAACAUGUAUGCUGACUCUCAACUGGGCCACUCAAGGACCAAUGAUGCUCUGCGUAAAAGGAUAACUGGCACCAUUCUCAAUGUUGACAAUCUAAGGAUGCUUAAUGACAGGAGAAAUUUGUUUUACCCUCUCUCUCUUAUCUUGCACAAUACAAAACCAGUUGGACAUCAGGACCUCGUGGGCUUAGUCAUCUCAAUACUGCUUCUUGCAGAUUUCAGCUUAGUCUUGCUUACUUUCCUCCAACUAUAUUCAUAUUCUAUGGUUGAUGUUUUGUUAGUCUUGUUCAUUCUUCCUCUUGGGAUACUGGCACCAUUUCCCGCUGGGAUAAAUGCUCUUUUUAGUCAUGGACAGAGGCGGUCAGCUGGUCUUGCUCGUGUCUAUGCCUUGUGGAAUAUUACAUCACUGGUUAAUGUUGCCGUGAAUGCUGCGGGCACGAUGGCUGGAGAGGAGGCUGACAUAGCCCCUGCAGUGCCGUCUGCGUUGGUGGACCCAAGGGCGGUGGCCCAGACGGUGUUUGGAGGUCUGAGGGAGGUUAUAGGUUUUGGCCAGUGGCAAGAUGACAACUCGGUUGAGAAUGUCGAAUUCUUGCUUAAAAAUUUCUAUGGCAAGUCGAAAUUCAUUGUGCUACUAAGAGCCCAUGAUAUAGUAAUUUGGACAGCAAGGAUAUUUUUGGCCUGUGAACUUUACUGUUACCCCCAAGUAGGGGUUUUGAAUAAGCAGGCGUUCACAAAGCUUAAUUUUUUCAGUAUUUGUCUAAGUUUGUGUAUUUUUGUUUUUGGGCAAUGGGCGUACGGGAAGGGCUUUGACAGUGACGGGCAUGACCGGGGAAAUGGCUCCGGCCAGGAGGGGUGCGGCAUUGGGCUCCAACAGGGAGAGCCGCGGCCUGGAAGGGCCUCCAGCGAGGAGGGCUGGGGAGGCUCCGGCGGGGAUGUGGGCCAGGCUGGGAGCCCGCCCGUGCCUCCGAGAUAUGCCUGUCGCGCAGGGAGGGCUCAACACUGGGAGGCUACCGAACUAAGGAGGACUAGCGGACGGAACAGGGAAGGGCGGCGCGCGCUCGAGUGGAUGAGGAAGGCGGCACACAUGGAUAGGCAAGGCGGCACUUGA